UUAGAGAUACCUUACGUCAAUUUCUUCACUUUUCACUUCCGUGUUUGUUUACAUCCUGAAAUUGAACGUAAUUUGGUUUAUUCCUUGUGUUUAUAGGAAAAUUACACUCUAUAAUAAAGAUGUCGACCCCUUCUAGACCUGCACCACCAAGACCUCAGCCGAAACCAGGUCAAGUAAAGGUUUUCAGAUCGCUCUAUGCCUACACAGCCCUGCAUAGUGAUGAAUUGACCUUUGAAGAAGGUGACCUACUUUAUGUGACUGAAAUGACAAAUGAUGGCUGGUGGAAGGGGAGAUGCGGAACUAAAUCGGGUCUUAUUCCUGGAAACUAUGUUGAAGAAAGCACGGAGUCUGUUGAUUUUCCCCUUCACGAAGCAGCUAAACGUGGCAAUCUUUCCUUCCUUCAAGAAUGCAUCGCAAAUAAGGUAUCGGUGAAUAGCCUUGACAAGGCCGGAGCCACCCCCCUCUACUGGGCAGCUCAUGGAGGACAUAUUGAUUGCAUGAAGGCAUUACUAGCAAUACCAAACUGUCAAGUAGAUGCUCAGAACAAGAUUGGAGACACAGCGUUACAUGCAGCAGCGUGGAAAGGACACAAGGAAGGAGUACAGAUUCUCUUAGAAAAAGGAGCACGGACAGACUUGCCAAACAAUGAUGGUAAAAUUCCUCAACAACUUGCUUCAAAAGAUCCCGCUACUGCAGCACUUCUUCUACCUCAGAGAAGAUACGACGACGACGAUGAAUAUCUUGAUGAGGACGAUUCAGACUAGUGACACACAGUAGUCUAGGCAGCGGUUUCUUGUGUGAUGUAAAUAUUUAUUUUUUU